AGAAAUUGGGAAUACUGUGUAACUUGCGCUCGCGCACACUGUCCGUGCCGUGACAGUCGGUGACAGUGACUUGUGCCGUGUACUGUGAACUGUGAACUGCGGCGGUGCAGUAAACAUGUUGCCAUACCUCAUCCUAGUCUUCGCGAUCCAGCCAGCCUUCAAUCUACCUCAGAAAGACUUCCACGACAUCAAGAGAGACCUCAGAAAAAAGAAAGGGAUAAACAUAGCAUAUCCUCUCCCUGUCACUCAUCAUCUGCUGCUACCAUCGCAGCUACACGUACUACCAGCCACGUCAAAUGUGCAUCACAGUUCCGUGCAUACCGGACUUCAACAUAUAGUCACUAGUCAUGGACAGAUUCCUGUGUUCUCGCAAACUGUGUCACAUUCGUCUACGAACAUCACGCAUCCAACGCAAUUAGUGCCAAUUUUAGUGCCAAUCCAACAUAAUUAUGUGCCACAACAUAAUGUACAACAACAACACAAUCUAAUACAGCAACAACUAUUGCACGAUUUGUCUGUAAUACCUUUAAGAGCACAGAAGUUUGGGCAUUUAAGAGUUGAAAAGAAGGCAGAAGAUAGAGACGACAUGAACCAUUUUAGAACGUUCUACGGCGGGUUUGGAAAUGGUCUGUACUUCGGUGGCCACGGCGCCGGCCACGGGUUCUACGCUUAUGGAAAAUGAACUCUAAUUAGACUGCAUAAGGUUGUUAAUAAAUGGGAUUUGUUAAAAGUCCGUUCUAAUGUGAUUUUAGGUAAAAGCCUUGGCUUUUCCGAUCUCUUUGUGCUUUUUAGUGGUUUAGGACGCGGGCGCACUGAAAGCCU